AUGGAGUUGCGUCGACAGAGACUGAAUUGCCGCAUUGGAGAUCAACUGGUGCAGACAGUUCCCGACACCGGUUCGGACCUUGACUUGAUGUCCCUGACAUAUGCUAAGCAAUCCGGCUUCCUCAUUCGAAAGCUGGACCGCGGAUCCCAGUUAGUGCGGUUUGGAGACGGCUCCACAAAGCAUCUUUCUGGAAAGGUGCUUGCAAAGUUCUCCAUCGGAUCUCAGACAGGCAUGCAAAAAAUGCACGAGUUUUACGUCUUGGAGGGGCUCACAUCCGACGUAUUGCUUGGGGGCAGCACAUUGGACAAGUUUGAUGUUUUUAACAGACACAAGAACGACCUUUUCGAACUGCCGGAUCUCGAUCAAUUUUGCGACUUUAACUAUAUUCGCUGGGUUCAAAAGAACGGCGAUGGGAGUUUUCUCGAGGCUUCGUUUGAUGACUUUGAAUUCAAGUUCUUCCCGCCUCCUCCAGACGAUCCACCUGAUCCGUCACCAGGCCACCAACCUGCGUUGUCAGUGUUUCAGUGGUUGAAAAGGAUGUACCGAAGGCAAUCACAAAGGGAACAAAGGACAUGUUUGACUCUUGCCGAAUCUGAAACUCGCUAUAGACAGUAUCUCCGCUACCAGUCUGACAAAGAGCUCGAGCGCCGCAGAAGAGCAACUGAAAAGAUCGUGAGACUCCCUCAUGAUCAGCAGAUCACUGCGCAGGGAGAAGAAAACGCGGCCCAGCAUCAACAUGAUCAGCAGCGUCAGGCAUUCGUAGCUCGGUACCAUGCCGCUGUUACUUCCGUUCAAUUAAGCUCGAUUCACCAAUCGACCUCGAUAUCGCGACCUUGA